AUGCCCGGUGUGCCUGGCUCGGCAGAUUCCCUACCCGAGACGCCACACGAGCUCGAUGAGACUUUGGACCACUCUUCUGAUCCUGCCAUUGGCCGGGGUGACGUCGGCAGGAUUACUCACCAGGCCACUAUGAGAACCGGCCAGUUGGUGACAAGCCAAUGGAUAUGCGAGCUUUUCCCCGGGGUGUAUGUCAAGAUAUUGGAUGUGGAUACGGAUGCCAAGAUCGGACGGCAGCGCGCGUUGGUCAAGACCCAGCUUUCAUUCAUAAGGGGAUGGAUCAGCAUACGGACUUCCAGGAGCAGCUAUUUGGUUGAAGCAUGUUCUGAAGAUGAAUGUUGCUUAUUCGACUUGCCGGGUUCGAAUCAGAUUUGUGGCUGUGAGCUGCGGUCAGAUCCUUCGGGCCUUGCUGGUGUGAUACGAAACUUAACUUCCCACAUCAAGCGCCAACCAGAUUUUGGGACGCUGACAUCCGCUGACUUCAUUGUAUCCCAGAGGCUGCAAUCACUGUUCAGAGUUGCCAGUGGUGGGGACAACGCCAAUUUGGACGCACAGCGAUUACGCUGGAGUCUGUGGGCAACCUUAAGCCCAAACAGGAGCUCGCCGGAAGGCCUUGCCAUCCUUGCGGUUGUCAUGCUGCAGCUUCGUGACGCCAUUCUUGAGAUGGACAGCUUGCUGAUGCGGCUGCAUGAGGAGUUCGUGUGCUUAGAAGACACGGAUGCCGAAGCCUUGUUCAAUGCUUCUGGUGAAACGCACGCGGCAGCUAUGAAAGCCAAACAGCUGAGUCAGAGAUGUAGACAUGUCGCAAACACGAUCACACUUCCUAGUUCCGCGUGGUUUGCCCAUUUGCCGAAUCCAGCUUCCAUCGUUGUCGAUCUAGCGAGAGGGGAGGAGGCCCUUUUGGAGCUACACGACGAGAAGGCAGUGCUGGCAAACCAACGGCGCAUUCUCAUAGCCCGGGUCAAAGCGGCGGUGGAAGCGAGGGCCGCAACGGAAGCUGUGUCCGCAGCUUCCCUAUUGGCCGAGGCCCUUCGACCAGACAAGCGUUUGGAUUUCCCUUUGGUGACAGAGUUCUGCGACCGUGCCACAAGCGACAAAGCCGAACUUGCAGAUGUGGUGGAUGCCCUGACACAAGUUCUGAAAGAAAACCAGGGGCUGCCCUUGCUGCCGCAGCGUUUGAAGGCAUUGACCCUCACAAACGAGUUGAUGUAUGAUGAUGCCGCUCGCCAAGCCUUUGCUCGUCAUCCAGGCUUUCUGUCGGUCCUGAUGUCGAUGGGUUCGACCGAUUCGACCGAUUCGACCGCUAGCGUUACAUCUCCUAUACCUCCUGGCGUUGCUUUUGAUUUGGCAGCUGCCAAUGCUCAGUUGCUCACAACCGAAAUUGCACGGCGUGUGAGCACAGAAGCAGCCUCAUUAAAAGCAGGUUGCUUUGCAGUUGCUCCAGCUGCUCAAGGUUCGGUUGCUGCGCCAUCAUGGCUUGUGUCAGUUGCACGCACCCCAGGUCGACAGACUGGACAAACGCAGCAUGUCUUGUCUUGGCCACAUACUUGCAGUGCGCUCAAUGCUUUGCGCGCAAGCCUUCAGAGCGGCGCAGCAUCAACCCAGGACAUUACUAGCGUCUUGGACCAUAUUUACCGCAGCCUGGAUGAAGCAACCGGCCAAGUAUCACAGCUGCGAAAGUCACUGGACCACACCAUUUCAGCUGAUGUUGGCGAACUGAUCGACAACUUUUUGCUGUCUGCUACGCGCGUUAAUUCUCGUGUGCUUGAAUGGAAAUGUACGGCUGUUAACGCACUGGAUGAGGCCGAGGCUUCUGUUGCCAACAGUUCGCCGUCACCCCUGUCAAACAGAGGGCAGCGCAAACACCUCGCAAAACUGUUGGACCGAGCCGAAAGUGCUGGGGAAAGCUUAAAUACUUGCCUGACAGUUCUUCUGGCCCGUCGCCCCACUGAUGGAGAGCUGCCAUGGCUAAUGCCAGAUGGGCCAGCGCCAGCAUGA